AAGACGCGCUCCGCCUCUCAGUUUAAACGUCACAUGCGGAAGUAUCAACAUGGAGAACUGCAGAGAAGCGUCAACGAAUUCACUUUUGAAAGAUGGGUGCUACACUGAUUUCCUGGCGGAUGACUUUGAUGUGAAGACGUACACAGCUCAAGCUAUUCACCAUGCUGUCAUUGCUGAGCAACUGGCCAAGCUGGCACAGGGCAUUAGUCAGCUGGACAAGGAGCUGCACAGCCAGGUGGUGGCCAGACAUGAAGACUUACUGUCUCAGGCGACUGGGAUAGAGUCCCUGGAAGGGGUCCUUCAGAUGAUGCAGACAAGGAUCAGUGCUCUGCAGGCCGCUGUUGACAGGAUUAGGACGAAGAUUGUUGACCCAUACAACAAGAUUGUGGCCAGAAUCACCCAGCUUGCCAGACUGCAGAUGGCCUGUGACUUGCUGCGGAGGAUCAUUCGAAUCUUGUACCUGAGCAAGAGGCUCCAGGGGCAGCUCCAGGGGGGCAGCAGGGAGAUCACCAAGGCCGCUCAGAGCCUCAAUGAACUAGACUAUCUGUCACAAGGUGUGGAUCUGAGCGGCAUCGAAGUGAUUGAGAAUGACUUGCUGCUGAUCAGCAGAGCCAGGCUGGAGGUGGAGAACCAGGCAAAGAGACUUCUGGAGCAGGGCAUGGAGAUCCAGAAUCCCACCCAGGUUGGCACGGCCCUGCAGGUCUUCUACAACCUGGGCAGUCUAAGAGCGACCAUCACUUCUGUAGUGGGGGGUUACAGGACCACCAUAUACGAUAACAUCACAAGUGCUUUGGACAUCAAGGGCCUGACACAGGCGACCAACCCCAGAGGUGCACCAGGCAGAGCAGUGCUGCCGACACCAGGCAACACAGCAGCUUUCCGUGCUGCUCUGUGGACCAACCUGGAGAAAUUGAUGGACCAGAUAUGUGCUGCGUGCAGACAGGUGCAACAUCUACAGAAGGUCCUGAUAAGGAAGAGAGACCCUGUAACUCAUGUGUGCUUCAUCGAUGAGAUCAUCAAGGAUGGACAGCCUGAUAUCCUCUACACCUUCUGGAAUGAUGUCACCAACACACUUAGUGAGGAGUUUCACAGGGCAACUGAAGCCUCGUCCUUCCUAAAGCAGGCGCUGGAAGGAGAGUAUCCGAAGCUGUUGCAACUGUACAACGAGCUGUGGCGCCGCCUGCAGCAGUACAGCGCCAGCCUGCAGGGAGCACUAACAAGCAGCGGGGGAAUGGACACAUCUCUGGACAUCACUGCCACAGAGACAGACAGCCAGGACCUCUUCACACAUGGAAAACAGGACUACAAUCCAGAGAAGGCUCUGAAGGCCUCUCUCCAGCCGUAUGAGGCAGCCUACCUUUCGAAGUCCCUCUCUCGUCUGUUCGAUCCUAUCAACCUGGUGUUCCCUAUGGGCGGCCGCAACCCUCCCUCCAACGACGAGCUGGACAGCAUCAUCAAGACCGUCAGCAGUGAGCUGAAUGUGGCGUCAGUCGAUCCAAAGCUCUCUCUGGCUGUGUCCAAGAAUGCUGCCAAGACCGUCCAACUCUUCUGUGUCAAGUCUGAACAACUGCUGUGCACUCAGGGGGAGGCCAGUCAGGUGAUUGGUCCAUUGACAGAGGGCCAGAGGAGGAAUGUCACUGUGGUCAACUCCCUCUAUCGUCUGCAGCAGGCCAUUGCCAAGAUUAUUUCAGGAUUGGGGUCAUGUCCACCGGUGGCUGCUGAGGCUCUCUCUUCUUCUUUGGAGGGAGUCCAGGUCCUGAUGAGCAGUGCGGUGCAACCGCUCCUGCAGUCAGUGAGUGACUCUAUAGAGGCCAUCAUCAUCACGCUACACCAAGAAGACUUUUCAGGGCCUCUGUCCUGCCCUGGAAAGCCAGAUGUUCCGUGCUCCCUCUACAUGAAGGAGUUGCAGGGCUUCAUCUCCAGAGUGAGGACUGACUACUUCAGACACUUCCAGUGUGUGGACUUCAUCUAUGAGAGCACAGAGUCCCUCGCUCAGAGGGCCAUAGAGCUGUUUAUCCGCCACACCAGCCUGCUGCGCCCACUGGGAGAGGGUGGCAAGAUGAGGCUGGCUGCUGACUUUGCACAGAUGGAGUUGGCAGUGGCUCCUCUGUGCAGGAGAGUGUCUGAUUUGGGGAAACCUUACAGGAUGCUGCGCUCCUUCAGGCCGCUGCUGUUUCAGACCAGCGAGCUGAUAGCCAGCAGUCCAGCUGUGGGUGACCUGAUCCCCUACAGUACCCUGCUGCAUUUCUUCCUCACCAGAGCCCCAUCUGAGCUCAAGUCACCUCACCAGAGAGCAGAGUGGUCCAUCGCCCGUUAUUCCCAGUGGCUGGAUGAUCAUCCCUCUGAGAGAGACAGGCUCACUCUUAUCAGGGGCGCACUGGAGGCCUAUGUGCAGUCAGUGAGGGCUCGCCAGGGGAAGGAGUUUGCGCCCAUCUAUCCCAUCAUGCUCCAGCUGUUACAGAGAGCCACCAGUGGCUCACAGGAGGUCAGACUCUGAGGACCACACAAGCGUCAGAGCAGGAAGUGGGUAGAGGCAGAGGGUGUGGUGGUGUGAAUGGAAGUCAUUAUGCGGCUCUAUUCCAGCUAAAAAGUGAUCUUUCAUACGAUUGUUUGCCACAUUAACUGUAUUUAUCUUUGAAGGACCUAAGCUGAAUUUCUUAACAUUUGCAAUUAGGGGUGCCACAUUUAGAUUUGACUUUCGAUUUUAAGGUCGCAAUUAAAUUAGAUUUCCAGUUUUUUCAGCACUCUCAUUUACAUUUUCAAAUUCUUUGAAAGGAAAUGCUAUGUGGCACCAUGAUGGAUCUUCUCUUUUGGAAUGUACCACAAAAUACAGGAAGAGUGGCUGAUCCUGCCACAAUCUGGUUAAUUUGUUUCCCCGAUCACUUUGGAAAGCUGAAGUGUUGCUGUUCAUAUGGAUUUGUGAUCCGCAGAGAUAUUUUUUUCUCCGUCUUUAAACUGAAGAACCGUUUUUUUCCCAUCAAAUCUGGACAUGGAUUCAGCUUUCUCCAGAGACAGCUGUGAAUAUGUAAUGUGUACAGUAGUUAUGGCAAGUUCACCAAUGACUCCCGAGAAUAAACAAAUGUUAUGUU